AACAGCACUUACAUUACAGUCGACAACAGCGUGCGGAUUUCCCACGUCAUCGCGCCAAAUUAAAAACGCUUUGCUGUUCCUUCCACAAAGACGCGACUCCGUUAAUAUACGCAUAGCUAGCUUCCUACUGAGCUCAUAUCAGUUUUGUUUUAAAAUAUUUUCCUCCCCCACGUUGUCCGGCGUCACGUCCCCGGAUUCACCAGGAAUGUCGGGCCAGUAUGAUUUAAAAAUAGCAUCAUCUGCUUCCCUCUCUGACAGUCAGUUCUAGGGACUCUCUCGCAAGCGGCAGUAUUGCGGGCUAGAAGCAGGAAUGCGAAGAUGGCUGCAGACCUAGGAGAGCUGCUGGUCCCCUACAUGCCCACCAUCCGAGUUCCCAGAACGGGAGACAGGGUUUUCAAGAGUGAAUGUGCCUUUUCCUACGAUUCCCCAGAGUCCGAUGGCGGGCUGUACGUCUGCAUGAACACGUUCCUGGGCUUCGGACGAGAGCAUGUCGAGAGGCAUUACCGCAAGACUGGGCAGAGUGUUUUCAUGCAUCUUAAACGCACAGUUAAAGAGAAAGCCACAGGCGCUGCCGGUGGCGCCGUACCAAGAAGAAAAAAUGGGAAAAUUUUUCUAGAUCUCGAGCUUAACCGCGAUUUUAACGGCGACGAUUACGAGUACGAGGACGAGGUCAAGCUCGUCAUUUUCCCAGACCACUUCGAGAUCCCUUUGCCAAAUAUUGAGGAGUUGCCUGCACUGGUGACGAUAGCGUGCGACGCGGUGCUCAACGCCACCUGCGCCUACAGGAAGACCGAGUCCGACUCCUGGGAGGAGGAGGUCCAGGUGUCCCGGCACGCCCGGAGCCUCCGACAGACGGACAACGGCGUGCGAAUCCCCCCCAGCGGGUGGAAGUGCUCCAAGUGCGAGAUGCGGGAGAACCUGUGGCUCAACCUGUCGGACGGAGCGGUGCUUUGUGGGAAGUGGUUUUUCGACGGCAGCGGCGGCAACGGACACGCCCUUCAGCAUUACCGGGAGACCAACUUCCCCCUGGCGGUCAGACUGGGCACCAUCACACCGGAUGGAGCCGACGUUUAUUCGUUUGAAGAAGAGCAGGCUGUACUGGACCCACAUUUAGCGGAUCACCUGGCUCACUUUGGGAUAAAUAUGCUGCAGAUGCAGAAGCCGAUCGAGAACGGACACACGGACAACGAGGUCCGGCCGCGGGUCAGCGAGUGGGAGGUGAUCCAGGAGUCGGGCCUCAAGCUGAAGACCGUGUUCGGGUCGGGCUACACCGGCAUCCGGAGCCUGGGCAACAGCUGCUACCUGAGCACCACCAUGCAGGUCCUCUUCAGCAUCCCAGAGUUCCAGAGGGCGUAUGUGGGGAAUCUUCAGAGGAUAUUUGACUACUCGCCUCUCGACCCAACGCAGGACUUCGCCACGCAGAUGGCGAAACUGGGUCAGGGGCUCCUGUCGGGCCAGCACUCCAAACCCCCGGGCAAAUCCGAACUCAUCGAACAGGUGAUGACGGAAGAGCGGAAGGUGGCCUGGCACCAGCCGAAGGGAAUCUCUCCGCGGAUGUUCAAGGCCCUGGUCAGCAGGGGGCACCCCGAGUUCUCCUCCAGCCGGCAGCAGGACGCGCACGAGUUCUUCCUGCACAUGCUGAACCUGGUGGAGAGGAACAGCGUGGGGUCGGAGAACCCCAGCGACGUGUUCCGCUUCCUGGUGGAGGAGCGGGUGCAGUGCUGUCAGUCGCGCAAGGUGCGCUACACGCAGCGGGUGGACUACCUCAUGCAGCUGCCCGUGCCCGUCGAGGCCGCCACCAACCGAGAGGAGCUGAUAGCGUACGAGGCGAAGCGGCUGGAGGCUGAGGAGGGCGGCCAGACCCCCCCGGAGCCCGUGAGGGCCCGCAUCCCCUUCACCGCCUGCCUGCAGGCCUUCACUGAGCCGGAUAACGUGGCGGACUUCUGGAGCUCCGCGCUGCAGGCCAAAUCCGCCGGAGUGAAGACGUCCCGGUUUGCCUCGUUCCCCGAGUACUUGGUUCUACAGAUCAAGAAGUUCACAUUUGGGGUGGACUGGGUCCCCAAGAAAUUAGACGUGUCCAUCGACGUGCCGGACUUCCUGGACCUGUCCCGGCUCCGGGCCUCGGGCCUGCAGGCCGGGGAGGAGGAGCUUCCUGACCUCACGCCCCCCAUCGUCAUUCCCGAGGACACCAGAGAUAGCUCAAUGAACAGUUCUAUGGACUCUCCAGAAAUAGACGAGGCGUCCGUGAUGCAGCUGGCCGAGAUGGGGUUCCCGCUGGAGGCCUGCAGGAAGGCGGUGUACUACACCGGGAACAUGGGCCCCGAGAUGGCCUUCAACUGGAUCAUCGCCCACAUGGAGGAGCCAGACUUCGCGGAGCCCAUGGCCACGCCCGCCGCCUCGGAGGCCACUCCCUCCAGCCCCGGCGGAGCUCCGCCCCCAGCCCUGGACAACCAGCCGCCCGAGGAGAGCGUCUCCAUCCUCAUAUCCAUGGGGUUCCCACGGCAACAGAGCAUCCAGGCCCUCAAAUGCACCAACAAUAACCUGGAGCGGGCCCUGGAGUGGAUCUUCACCCACCCGGACAGCGGGGAGGGGAGCGAGGCCGCGUCCGACAUGGCCGACACAGAGCCCAACGACAACGCCGUCUCCACCGGCAACGCCCACAGCGACUCCACGCUGUCCCCCGACCUGGACCCCCUCGGACCCCGGAUCAGAGACGGGCCCGGCCGUUACGAGCUCUUCGCCUUCAUCAGCCACAUGGGGGAAUCAACCAUGUCCGGUCAUUACGUCUGCCACAUUAAGAAAGAGGGGAGAUGGGUGAUCUUCAAUGACCAUAAAGUCUGUCUGUCGGAAAGACCUCCAAAAGACUUGGGCUACAUCUACUUUUAUCACCGACUGUCACGCAGUUAGGCUCCAACUGCCAGCCAACCUCCAGGAAUCUGCAGUCUUCGAGCAACGAGGAGGAACCGAUGAAAAUAUCCAACACCAGCCCAGCAAAGAGGAGAAGAGCCUGUGAGGUCAUGCAGGAUGCCGCUUGAUUGGCUAGAAUAUGAAGCUUGGUCAAAGAGGGGUAAAAAAGUUGUGUAAUUAGUUUUUUGUAUUAUUUGUCAAAGGUAGAGGUACUGGGGAGAUGUGUGCAAUUUUAGUUGCUGAAAUACAGAGCUUAAUAUAUAUGGUAGUGCAUAUCAGAUUUAUUAUUAUUAUAUAUAUUUUUUUUAACCCCAUUUUAUUUUCUAUGCAUUCAGCUUUUCUUUCAAAGAUGUCAUAGUUGAGCCUUAAUUUUCUACAUUAUGGGAUGUGCUGGUGAGAAUGGGAUGCACCGUGACCAGUUUUGCAGUUCUGUGUCACGCCCUAAACUGGAAGCGUUGAACAGCAGAUUAUUUUCUAGAGGUAUUUUACAAACACUCUUAUCCAGUGUGAAUUUUCCGGCUGGCAUUUUUGUGACUUUUUAUUUAUUUUUAUUUUUUUUUACAUACAAACUAUUCACACCGCUGGAUAUUUGGAUAUUUACCAAAGCUAUUCAGGGUUAAGUAACCUCGCUCAAGGAUAUACAGUGACAAUGGCACUGCCCCAGCUGGGGUUCAAACCUGCAACCUCAGAGCUGCAGGCCCGCUUCCCUAACGGCUCUGUAACACUGCCAUCCCUACCUGUGAUACUGCCACGCCCCCCUCCCCCCUGCCACCACCC